UUCCAAGAAGAUGGCUGUCUCACUCCUGACGCUGUCGACGGAGGAUCUUCUUCAGAAAUUGAAAGAAGCCGGAAUAAAUAUCACCGAAGACGAAGCACAAAAAUUCAGAGAGGUGUUAUUGAAACCCAUGGCAACAGCACACCCUCCAAACUUUUCCUUGAUGGAUCUGGGUGAGGUGGCAGGGCUGGCAAUGCCCCGAAUGACCUUCCACUGUCAAUACCUGCUUAACAAUGACAUCAAGCAUCUGGUGACCUUGAGUGAGUGCAAGCCUCCUUACUAUGACACCUGUCCGGACUUGACCCUUCACCAUAUCUUGUCUAUUGUAGAGGAGGCCAAUGAAGAGGGGCAGGGUGUUGCGGUGCACUGUAUGCAUGGGUUUGGAAGGACAGGAACGAUGCUCGCCUGCUUCCUUGCGAAGAGCAGGAAAAUCAGUGGAAUCGAUGCCAUUAAUGUGAUCAGAAUCAUUUGCAGAGUGUCCAUUGAAAUCAGAGAGCAGGAACAAAUUGUGGUGCAGUUUUAUCAACAAAACAAGGAGAACAAUUUCUAA